UUCUAAACGGCUCUACAGAACUAUCUGUUGACUUAUUCCAGCCGGUCGCACUUAGCUUCUGAAGAUGCAUUGCUACAUUUGUGUCACAUAUCUGAUGAUCAUAGCUACAGCUCACCCGCCGAAACAUCGAGAAGUUUCCAAAUCGGUCGAGAAAAGGUCCAUAUUUAACGACGUAAUCCAGUCUCUCAGAAUCAGAUCACAACUACCCGAAGAUUUAAACUUGAAUGACGAAAACAAUAUAGGACAAAACGACGACAGAUACGAAUACGAUAAUGAGCCGCUUCAAUUACCAAGUGACUUUGAAUUCAUGCCUCGAAGAAAUGAUAGAAUAGAAAUGCCAUCACUGAAAUAUCGUUUUCCAAAAAGUCUCACGAUGAAUAGCAGUGAUGAAAAUAUAGAAAGUCCUAAAAAAGAAGUAGUGGUAUACAUAAACACUCCAACAGAGUACAACGAUAUAAUGACGACAACACAAAAACCAAAGAAACAAAAACGUCCAAAACCAACUGCAAAUAAAGAUAAAAUUGCAAUUAAAAAUACAAAUGAAAGUGAAAGUGAAACAGAUGUUGAAACAUCAGACAAGCCCUUCGUUAACACCAUGGCAGGCCAAAGUCAAAUCGGCAACCGUGAAUCUCAAACUGUAGUGAAACCAACAGUGAUCGUUAAUUUUAGAGGAACAGUUAUGAAUAAAGAGAGCGACAUUAAACUUGAAAAGCGUAAAAGUAAAAACGAAACAUUGAUACCGCACAACAUUUUUAAUAUCAAACAGGAAAUUAAUCUUGAAAGACACGACGGAUUCAGUGACAUACUAGGAGAUAUACAGAAAGUGCCUUCAAGAGUUAAACAGAACGUGAAAAUUGUUGCGGACAAUGAAAAAGCCAGGAUAGAAGAAGAUAUGAUGAUGUGUGAAACAGCUUCGUGGAAGGAAAAAGAAGGUAAAGGCCAUACCGAUCGUAAGCGUGAUGUUUUACAAAUACUUGUAUCAAUUUAAAACUUAAUAUAGAUAU